AUGUCGGACAACAACACUAGCACCACCACCGCGGCUCCUGCUGCUUCCUCUUCUGUCUCCCUCCCUGCAGCUCCUGCUUCUCCCGCUUCUCCCUCCGCCGCCGCCCCUGCCACGACCCUUCUUGCUGCUGCCCCAGAAGACAACGGGGAGCAGGCGACUGACGCCCUCGCCGUGAAGGACGCCUCGCAGAUGGAAUUCCCUGUCGCCCCGUCGAUGGACACCUGGGGCCAACUCGACUUCUCCGUGCCCGAGGUCCGGGCCACCCGCAAGAAGAAGAAGUCGGAACUUAUCGGCUGGCCGACGCGCAGAGAGCAGCUCUUGGCCAUCGUGAGCCGGACCGAGUUCGAGGAAAUUCAACGGCACUACGUGAUUCGGUCCCCCAUAGAGCUGUUGUACAGAAACCCCUGGCCGACCUUCGCUCGCCGGUUCCCUGCGGCCCCCAGCCCACCAAACGCUUCCCCCCUUCCUCCUCCCCACAUUCUCUAUCGGAUGCCCAACCUUUAG